AUGCUUCGCUGUGAGGAGUGUGGCAAGUACUAUGGGAAUGAGUACAGCCUGCAUCAUCACAUCUGUCUUCGACGGAAGGAUGUCUGGAAGAAGGGCGAUGUACCGACCCAACUAGUUGACGGUCAACUUACCUACUUCUGUCCAGUCUGCAGUAAACCUUUCAAGUGGUUAGGCAAUCUGACCCGGCAUUACUAUGUGCACACGGGGCAGAGAUUCUUUAAAUGUGACAUCUGUCACAAGGAAUUCUUCUCCGCCUAUCAGGUUCGUCGACACAUGAACUCACACACCGGUUUGCGGUUCCAGUGUGCGGUCUGUGAGAAACCGUUCACCUGCAAAUACGCCUGUGCUUGGCAUGCGAGGCAACAUUUAAAGGGACAGCAACAACAAAAGUCCUAG